CCAAAUAUACAGGAAGAAUAUGAGGUUCUAGAGCUGAUAGGAAGAGGUUCAUUUGGUUGUGUGAGGAAAGUUAGAAGAGUUAGAGAUGGUAGACUACUAGUUAGAAAAGAGAUCCCAUAUGGGCAUAUGAAUCCAAAAGAGCGUACCCAACUGAUUUCAGAAUUUAGAAUAUUAAGUGAGCUCAAUCAUCCAAACAUUGUCCAAUAUGUUCACCAUGCACAUAUACCUGAGCAACAUAUGCUUUAUCUAUAUAUGGAAUACUGUGAUGGUGGUGAUUUAUCAUUUAUAAUUAAAAAUUACAGAAACUCAAAUGAGUAUUUACCAGAGGGAAUAAUAUGGAAUAUCUUCACACAAAUACUUAUGGCCCUAUAUCGUUGUCAUUAUGGAGUGAAUUCACCAUUAGUCACAAACAUUUAUGAAGAGAUGGAAUGUCCAAUAAUCACUGAUAAUACAAGAGUUGUUAUACAUAGAGAUAUCAAGCCAGAUAAUAUUUUUCUUUCAGAUGGGAAAUUUAAACUUGGUGAUUUUGGUUUAGCAAAAUCUUUAGAGCAUGAAAUUGAAUUUGCCACAACAUGUGUUGGUACUCCAUAUUAUAUGUCACCUGAAAUUUUACUGGAUAAACCUUAUACACCAUUGUGUGAUAUUUGGUCUUUAGGUUGUGUUAUUUAUGAAUUAUGUGCAUUACAUCCACCUUUCCAAGCUAAAACGCAUCUUCAGUUGCAAAAGAAAAUUCAAGAUGGAGUCUACCCAGAUAUCCCAGAGCAUUACAGUGCUUCUUUAAGAAGAAUAAUUAGUUACUGUAUUCAAACUGAUUUGAAUCAAAGAGCUCCAACAUUUGAAUUGUUACAACAUCUGAAUUUCAAGAUCCAAAUGAAAGAUUUACAACUAAACAAUUAUGAAUUGAAUUUGAAAAAGUUUGAAGAAGAAUUAAUGAUGAAGGAAAAUGAAUUGAUUAAAGCCAAACAAUCUUUAAAUGAAGAACUGGACUAUCAAAGAAAACUUAUUGAACAAGAAGUUGAGGAAAUUCGUAUUAAUUAUCAAAAUGAGUUCCACUAUGUUGUUGAUAAAGAAGUUAAGGCAAGAUUAAAACAAAUGCAAUCAGGUGUAUCAACACCAAGACCAAAA